CCCGGAGCCCAGACCCUGGACCCCUACCUGCACCCGGAUCCUGCAUCCUGCACCCACCCCAGACUCGGACUCCGCACCCCUGACCCUUACGUUGAUCCCAGAUCCCCACUCGGGACCAAGGACCCUGGAUCCCACACCCGCACCCGGGACCUAGGACCUGCACCCCCGACCUAGCACCCCGGAUCCCGGACCUAGCACCCCGGAUCCCGGACCUAGCACCCCGGAUCCCGGACCUAGCACCCCGGAUUCCGGACCUAGCACCCCGGAUCCCGCCCGGACCUAGCAUCCUGGUCCCAGCUGCUCCCCGCCCUGCCGCCAUGGCCAGGCUCCCGCCAGCGGUCCGCCAGCGCCUGUACAGCCUCCCGCAGCAGGUGGGGGCCGAGGCGGGGAUCCUGGACCCCGAGGACGAGGACGAGGAGGACGCGGGCGCCCGCAGGGACCCUGCCCGCUGGAGCAUCCGCCUGCGUCCACUGCCCGCGCCCCCAGCCUGCACCCCAGAACCCCGGGAGCUGGACGGCGGGGCCAAGGCCAGCUCCAACGGGGACUGUCGGCUCCUCCGGGGGAGCCUGGCCUCGCUAGGCAGCCGGGGGGCUCCCCUGGUGGAGGAGCAGACACCUCCGGGGCCCCCCGGCUCCGUGCACACGGCCGUCCAGGUGGAGGCGGUGGAGGCGGGCGAGUCGCCGGGGGCCGGGGCCGGGGCUGGGGAGGACGGGGCCGGCUUCGUGCGUCGCCAGCUGGGAGCCCUGCUGCAGCCUGCCGUCAACAAGUUCUCUCUGCGGAUGUUCGGCAGCCAGAAGGCGGUGGAGCGGGAGCAGGAGCGCGUCAGGUCGGCGGGGGCCUGGGUCAUACACCCCUACAGCGACUUCAGGUUCUACUGGGACCUGACCAUGCUGCUGCUGAUGGUGGGCAAUCUGGUCGUCAUCCCCGUGGGCAUCACCUUCUUCAAGGACGAGAACACCACGGCCUGGAUUGUGUUCAACGUGGCGUCCGACACCUUCUUCCUGGCGGACCUGGCGCUCAACUUCCGCACGGGCAUCGUGCUGGAGGACAGCACCGAGAUCGUCCUGCUGCCGCGCCGCAUCCGCAGCCGCUACCUGCGCAGCUGGUUCGCCGUGGAUCUGGUGUCCUCCAUCCCCGUGGACUACAUCUUCCUGGUGGUGGAGACGCGCAUGGACUCCGAGGUCUACAAGACGGCCCGCGCCCUGCGCAUCGUGCGCUUCACCAAGGUGCUCAGCCUCCUGCGGCUGCUGCGGCUGUCGCGCCUCAUCCGCUACAUCCACCAGUGGGAGGAG